AUGAAGGGUUUCAUCGCUGCCGCCGCGGCCACCGCCAUCACCGGCGCUCUCGCCGCUCCCAGCCCCGUGGAGAAGGGCCCCAUCACCGCUCGCGCUCCUGCUGCCGCGUGUGCCACUCCUGUGACCCUCUCUGGAAACCCCUUCGCCUCCCGAUCGGUCUUUGCCAACCCCUUCUAUGCCUCCGAAGUCAAGGAGGCUGCUGCGCAGAUCACCGACUCAGCUCUCGCCGCCAAGGCUCUGAAAGUCGCUGAUAUCGGUACCUUCCAGUGGAUCGACACCCGUGCCAAGAUCAGCAUCAUUGAGGACACUCUCAAGGAGGUUCCUUGCGACAAGCUUGCUGCUUUCGUCAUCUACGACCUGCCCGGCCGUGACUGCGCCGCCAAGGCCUCCAACGGUGAGCUGGCUGUUGGCGAUAUUAACAUCUACAAGUCCGAGUACAUUGACCCCAUCGUCGCACUCUUCAAGAAGUACCCCAACACCGCCAUUGCUCUGGUCAUCGAGCCCGAUUCGCUCCCCAACCUGGUCACCAACAGCGACAAGACGGCCUGCAAGAACUCCGCUUCUGGUUACCGUGAGGGUGUCGCAUACGCCCUCAAGCAGCUCAACCUGCCCAACAUCGCCAUGUACAUUGAUGCUGGCCACGGUGGCUGGCUCGGCUGGAACGACAACCUCAAGCCCGGUGCCAAGGAGCUCGCCACCGUCUACAAGAACGCUGGCUCUCCCAAGCAGGUCCGCGGUUUCGCGACCAACGUUGCCGGCUGGAACGCCUGGGACCUCACCCCGGGAGAGUUCUCCAAGGCCACCGACGCCCAGUGGAACAAGUGCCAGAACGAGAAGCUCUACGUCGAGGCCUUCUCUCCCGAGCUCAAGAGCGCCGGCAUGCCCGCCCAGGCCAUCGUGGACACGGGCCGCAACGGUGUCCAGGGUCUCCGCAAGGAGUGGGGCCACUGGUGCAACGUCAACGGCGCCGGUUUCGGUCGCCGUCCCAGCUCCAGCACUGGCUCUUCCCUCACCGAUGCCUUCGUCUGGGUCAAGCCCGGCGGUGAGUCCGACGGUACUUCCGACUCCAGCGCUACCCGCUACGACAGCUUCUGCGGUAUGGAGGAUGCCUUCAAGCCUUCUCCUGAGGCUGGUGCCUGGCACCAGGCCUACUUCGAGAUGCUCGUCAAGAACGCUAACCCCCCUCUAUAA